AUGUCACAACAAAGAGAAACCCUCGAUAUCAAGCGCUCGACCUCGGGGAAGAAGGCCGCAAUUAGCAAGUUGCUCCAGGAGACGCCUGAUCGGGAGGAGGAAGAGGAGAGUGUGCUGUCGAGACUACCACAGCAGAAGCCGGAGAUGAAGCUUGGUGCUCUGGGUGGUGGAUCAGAUCUACUCUCCCGUCUCAACUCGUUCCUCCCACAGCUAAAAGCCGCGAAUGAGGACCUAGAGAAAGUCGAGGAUAAGGAGACGCUGAAUAUUGAGAAUAUUGGGGAAGAUGAGGAGAAGUAUAUUGAGAUGAAUCUUGGGUUGGGGGUGUUGGAGGAGAAGAGGCCGGGGGAGGAAUUCGAGUCGGAUAGUGAGGAGAGUGGGAGUGAGGAGGAGGAGGAGGGGGAGGAUGAGGUUGACAUUCUCGCACAACUUACAGGAGCGACGAAGAAGUCGCGGUCGUCAAAACCCGCAAUCGAGGUGGUGGAGACAAAUACCAAAGAUUCCCAGAAACAAUGA